AUUUACCCUUCGUCUCCUUUUCUCUCCGUCUCCGAUCAUAAUAAGCCGCCACUCGCGAGGGAACCACCGGCUUCGAGAUAUCGGAAAUGGAGGAAGAUGCAGCCGCUCCUAACUCAGGUUCCGAUUUGAACCUCGGGGGAAAGCGCGGCAAAUCUAUCGAAGAGUGCCAGGACAUGAUUCAGCGAAGUUUCCGAAAUCCGAUAGUGAAGUAUCUGAUGGAGCAAAUGGAGAAAUCAGGGUGCAGAGUUGGUGAUAACUUCGUCAAGGCGGUUGUGUGUACUGGUCCUGUUGCUGGUGGCUUCACUAAAGGAAGAGGGAUCACUGUGUGUAGUAACUAUCUGACCAUUCAAGAUGAAGUGAACCAAGUGGUUAUACAUGAGUUGAUCCAUGCUUAUGACGAGUGCCGUGCCAAGAAUCUGGAUUGGACUAACUGUGCUCAUCAUGCCUGCAGCGAGAUACGUGCAGGUCAUUUAAGCGGUGACUGCCAUUUCAAGAGAGAACUUCUGAGGGGUUUCAUUAAAUUACGAGGGCAUGAACAAGAAUGUAUAAAAAGAAGAGUGCUGAAAUCGCUUCGUGGCAACCCGUAUUGCUCUGAAGUAGCAGCUAAAGACGCCAUGGAAGCAGUGUGGGAUACUUGUUACAAUGACACUAAGCCUUUCGACAGAGCUCCUUGAAGUUGAAGUUGAGGUAUUACAUCUCUUUAUAUUACUUCUGCUUCAAGGUUUUGAACUUCAACUUCAUCUUUGAAGAUCGAUAUAAAGCUGGCAAAACAGUUGGAUCCAGCCGUUGAUUUUUCUUUUGUCACAUCUAUUAUUCAGAAUACAAGGUCCAUUAAUGAAAAGACCGAGUCACAUUCUAUUUAUAGUAACUUCAGUUUUCCUC